CCUUGGCUUUCUUAUCUAUAUAAAUAUUUCCAUUGAACCUUGUUCAAAAGUGUAUCUGAUAUAUAACUUAAAAUUCAAUGGAUGGUUUCCAUUCAACUACAAAACACCAUGAAAUAUAAAAAACCUGGCUACAGAUCGACACAAGUAUCGAUUACAAACUCUCCAAUACAUCUACAGGAAGUUUUCGCGCAAGUAUUCACGAAGAGUGCGUUGGAUUUUGUGGCAGAGCUAGUAAUUCGAUUUGAAGAUGGAAUCGAGCAGUUGCACUGGAAUCGUCUGAAGACGACAUCAGAACUGCACUUAGGUGCGACAUCGCUAAACUUCAACAAUACUUGUCGAGAGGAUUGGAAGAUCGGGGAACUUCCCAGUCGGCUGCAUAACAGGCGAGUGGAUUUAGGCGAUGUCUCACCGGCGAACACGUCUCACUUUAUUAAAGCACUCAAUGCUCCCGUACAGGGAGUUCAAGUCGAUUUCGACGAUGGCCAUUGCCCCACGUGGCACAACCAGAUCGUGGGCUUACACAAUGUGUACCAAGCUGUUCACGGUGGACUUUACAAUGUUCCCAAAAUUGAGAAUUUACCAAUUUUGAUGUUACGACCCCGUGCGUGGAAUAUGAUCGAGCACAACAUUAUGAUAAACGGCAAGAAAGCUCCGGGCCCCCUGGUUGAUUUCGGUUUAUUAAUGUACCACAACGCACAAAUUUUAUACGAACACAACUGCGGCCCAUAUUUUUAUUUAUCGAAGGUGGAAAGUGCAAAGGAGGCGAAAUUGUGGAACGACAUAUUUUUGUGGACACAACGAAGGCUCAACUUGCCGCACGGUACGAUAAAAGCGUGCGUCUUGAUUGAGAACAUCUUGUCCGCAUUUGCAAUGGACGAAAUUUUAUAUCAGCUGAAGGAUCAUUCGUUAGGGCUCAACUGUGGCAUAUGGGACUAUGCGGCAUCAAUAAUAUGCAAAUUGGGACACAACAGGAAGUUUCUGCUCCCCGACCGUAACAAGUAUGUGAAUGUCGACAAGCACUUUUUAAAGCAGUACGUUUUGCUUGUGAUUAAAACCUGUCACGCACGUGGGGCUCCCGCCACGUGUGGAAUGAGCGCAUUACUCAACCAAAGCCCCGACAUUGUGGAACAAGUGAAAGUUGCGAAAAAAAAAGAAAUACUAAUGGGUGCCGAUGGAUUCUUGGUUUACGACGAAACACUAGUACCUUCACUUAGCGAGUUAUGGAACGAAUGCAGCCAGAAACCCAAUCAAAUCGAUAAACAAAUUGACGUUAACAUUACGGCCUCCGACCUACUGGAAGUUCCCGUUGGAGAUGUUAUUGACGGUCUCAAACACAACGUCGAAAUUGCAAUUUUGUUCAUUUACAACUGGCUAAUCGGUAACGGUCACUUUGUUUACAAGGGAUGUGUGGAGGAUUCUGCUACGGCCGAAAUCUCCCGCUGGCAAGUGUGGCAGUGGAUCACACAUCAGAUUAACAUUGGAGAAACUCUUCAAACUGUCGAUAAGGAAUUAAUUGAACAAUUAGCGACCGAUUUUGUCCAUAAUAAAAAUAGCGUUAUGGAGCAAGCCGCAGAGAUCUUUGUCGAGAUUGUAACAAUGAGAUAUGCACCAGAAUAUAUUACAACAUAUUUAAACGAUCACAUUAUCUUUAAACAAAGGCAAGCUGCAUUAAAUGCCAAGCUAUAAUAUAAUGUUAAUGAGCUUUUUAAUGGUUUACAUUAGUUGUUAAAUAAAAUACUAGAUUGUGA